AUGUCUUGCGACAACGGUAGUUGCAAGUGUGGCUCAAACUGCUCCUGCGGCAGUGGCUGCAAUUGUGCCUACCCUGACUUGAGUUACUCAGAGACCACUUCUACUGAGACCAUCAUUGCUGGGGUUGCACCUGUGAAGAUGUAUUAUGAGGGUUCUGAGAUGAGCUAUGGAGCAGAAAAUGACUGCAAGUGUGGAUCAAACUGCAGCUGCAGCUCAUGUGGCUGCCACAAAUGA